UCCAGCUCCAGCUCCCCGCGCUUAUUAUGGUAUCAGUUGUGAAUUCUAGCCCUGUACCGUAAGACGCCUGUACAUGUGUGUGCAUUUUUCAAUCUAGCUUGCUUUCAAUUCAAAUUCGGUUUGAAAAACUUUGUGUUUCUGCAUGAUGGCAAAUUCUACCAUGUUCGAAACUUGUCCAAUCGACAUUCAUCAUCAAACUACCGAUAGCGAGAUUCUGGAAGAAUUACCAUCGCUCUUCAACACACCGGGCGUGGAAUUUGAGAGUUUUUCCGGCUUCAGUGUUGCUCGAAAUAUUAACCAAAAUUUGGACUCGUUCGACACUAGAUUCUCUCGCCUUUCUCCUUCAAAGCCUAACUCGGGGACAUCUUACCCAUCAGCAUCUAGAUGUUUGUGGAGAAAAUAUGGAGUUGAAACCCAUGAUGACCAAGUAGGGGGAGGAGAAAAACUAGGACCUCACGAGAUGGCCGUUUAUGGAACGAAUGUAGAUGAAAGAAUACUUCCCGGAUUUAAAUACCACGUGCGCAUCCCAACCAGGAAUAGGAAAGACCGUUUCCAGUUUGGUGGCCGAGCACUGCACCUCCUUCGUAUUGGACAGGGUUAUGGGAAACGCCUCACUUUCGAAGACGAGCACGCCAACAUCAACACAAACUUCUUCUGGUCAGACACCCUCCCUAACGGCUAUGCCUUCACCAUUAGUGCCGUCCAACCAGGCGAUGAAUUUGUCCUGUGCCAUCAUCAGAACCGACGUCCGUUCGGUCAUGCAACCGUCGUUGCCACAAGCCAGCAUCAAGUGGAGAUCAGCUCCUCGAUCACCAAAGAUAAGGACAUCGUGAAGAAGGUGAUCGUCGCGAUGCAUAUUUCGGUGAGAUACACGUGUGAGCCGCAUGGCAUGAUGUCAUUGAGAGCAGAUGAGCUCGUAGACGUGAUGGGGGUCGCUGUCGUUAGGAAAAGUGCCAAAGAAUCGAGAGCGAUCACAAGGUGCAUUAAAGAGGUGGAGAUUCCUGGACACGGUGAAUGUCUUCUCUACAAUGAGGAUGAUUAAGGAAACACUGACACGAACUUCGAAGUUUAAUGGCGAUAUGUCUUUCCUUUAGGCUCGAUAUCACUAUCAGGUUGAUACAUGAUGUAUCUGAUGUGUUGGCCUAGUUUCCAUCCAUCCAUGCUUAAUGAGUGAGAUUUUAUCCCCCACCUACAUGUAUCUCCACACUUUUUUUUCUUUGAAGAUAUUUCUGCCUAUUACUACUGAACAAUUGCACUUAUUCUCAUCUCAACGUUAACAUGUAGUUACAAGUCUGACAGGACAAACUUGAGGUUCAAGGGGGUGACACCCCCCCCCCCCCCCCCUCCACUUAAAAUAAAAGAAGAAUGAUAGAUCAAUAUUCAGGGCUUAUUUUUUGCUCACCCCUCCCCCACCCCCCAAAAAAUAUAUACCUGUAUAUACAUAAUACAGGGGGAUGACUUUUGUUUUUUUGCCAAUUUGAUCAACUGUUUUGUUUGUGUGUGUGAUUAUCUACACCUCUCUGUGCAAUGUGUGACUCUGAUGAGAUGUGCUCAGAAUUUGUAGAAAGUGUACUGGUAUGCCAAAAAUAUUAUGUCCUUGUGUAUAUAGUCAUUAGUUCUAACUUAUAUUGUUGUACUGAAAUGUUUCAGGAAUGGUCCACCUUGUUCAUUAUUAAAGCUAUAAGAGGUUACUUUAUAUGCAUGCAUGAUGCACAAGUUUUUGUUUCUUGCAUUCAAAUAUGUUAUUGUUUCUUUGCAAUAAAAGAAUGCUACUUUUAUUGCAACUUUGCUAGAAUGUGUAAUAUAAAACGCUCAAUCUCUACCAUAUAGCGUGAGGUAAUUUUAUUGAAAAGAAUUUGAACCAAUAAGGGUAAUUUGAUGUAUUUUCAAUUUUGCAUAGACCAACAUGUAUUGAAUUUGAAUAUUUUAUAUACAGUACAUGUAUUGCUAAACAGUAACAUUCUUAAUUAUAGAGGAAUAUCGAAUCAGGUACCUUAAGGUGUUUUCUCUUCUACUUUUUGUUUUAACUGGUAGACAACUUUGUUUGGUUAGAGCAGGGAGAUGUCAGUUAAAUCUCCCUGGUUAGAGGGGCACAUUUCAUAAGGUCAAUCAAAUUGGUAGCAAACAAGACUCCCCCCCCCCCCCCCCCCCCAGCACAAAACCACAGUCAUUGUGGAGCUGUAUCAAUUUUGGCUUUGACUGACAUUCACUUUCACAAGGGAAACUAUCAUGCCAGAGUAUAAAUGUCAGAUUCACAGAAAAUACAAUAUAUUCUUUUCAAUCGUGGAUGAUCCACUAUGUCUUCUUUAUUUUCUGUGUUGCUUGCUUGCUGAUCAGUAUUUCUAAAACUGCUUCACCUCCCUCCCUCCCCCCCCCCCCCAAAAAAAAGAGAAUCCUGCAUCCGCCCUUGGAUGUACACCUAUGUACAGUAGGUUUUCAUUUUUUGUCUUGCCAAUACAUAUUCAUCACAUUAUAGUUUUGUUUCCAGUAUGAAAUAUAUCUUUGUCCAAUUACGAGUAGACAAUUAUACAGUACAUUGCAUUAAUGUACAUCACGCUAAAUUUUUAAAAAAAACUUAAAAUGAUAUCAUUAGUUUUACAUUAUACACCUGUACCAUGUACAUCCAACAACAAAAAUAGCUUACAAUGUGCAUUUGGUGCUCUAGAAGUCUGAUAAUAGCUUUUAAAACUAUAUUUUUUUAUUUUGCAAUGUCAUAGAAACACAAAUUAUAUGCACAAUUAUGAGUAUUCAUGUUAAUUGCAAUUUUGAUUGCUGCAUGGUUUAUAAAUACAAUAUUGUAUGAUUACUAUAAGGUCAGCAAAUAUUUAAAAGGAUCACAAAAUUUUAGAAAAUGCCUUCCCCUCACAUGUAUGGACUGGUUGGACUUCCAUGACCAGUACAUGCACAAAAUUCUUCAAUGUUGGACAAUCAUACAAUGUGAACUUUAUUUAGAUUUUUGACAGAUGUUUGAUGUAUUUGGAUGAUUGUUUAGCCUCAUGAAGUCAAAUGCAAUGUCCAUGUUAAUACAAAAUGUAUGUAUUUCUCUGUAUGAUAUGCACAAAAUAAGAAUAUAUCUUAAAACAAAUAGCCUA